UAUGUUGUCUUAGUGACUUUUUAAACACUUUUAUUUUGAAAGGCGAACGUUGUGCACGGAUCUAUCCGUUGUAAAGCCUUCGUUAUGAAAUGUGAGAAAGGAAAUGUUUAACGAUAAAAUUGUCUCGAAAUGAGCGAGUUUCUACAAGGAGAAAAGACAUAAUUAGUUACCGACUGUAAACGUGCUCUACAAAGUAACAGAUCAUGUCAGCAAUCAAGGUCGCCCUGCAACACAGCCCAAAGGGUGGGAGGAGUAAAACCUCUAAGGCAAUGUCUGUAGAGGUGUCUCCAGACUCCAAGUGCCCCAUCUGUUUGGACAUAUUUCAUAAUAUGUCUCACUUGGACCGUUGCCUGCAUAAGUUCUGCUUCCGCUGUAUUCUGGAGUGGUCAAAGAACAAACCCGAGUGUCCACUGUGUAAACAGCCAUUUAGCUCAAUCUAUCAUAGCAUAAAGUCAGAUCAGGACUUUCAGAAGUACGAACUGAAACAGCAGGUGGACAAUUCCUCCUUUGGUUAUUUCGAGGGAGUGCGGUUUAGAUAUCGAACGACUCUCACUGGAGUUCAUCGACAGAUGAGAAGAACCUCUCCACCUCCAGACAACGGGGUAAUGUUCGAAGCCUCCACAGAUUUACCCCAGCAAAGACAGGAUCGAUACAUUCGGCGCAUGAUAAUGAGGUUGGCGGCUAAAAGGAGAGCUGCGAGCGAAGGCAGGGCAGUGAACAAUGUCAGGGAGCAGGAGAUGAUAAACUUUAGGAGGGAGCUGUACCGACAGGGGGUGAGGGUGCAGAACGUGAGGGACGGUGGGCGCUCCCGGGACACCUCCGCCGAAUUUUAUAGAAGAAAUCCCGCCUGCCUGCACAGACUCGUCCCAUGGUUAAAAAGAGAACUGAUGGUGCUGUAUGGGGCCCACGGAUCUUUGGUCAACAUAGUUCAGCAUAUUAUCAUGUCACGCAUCACACGCUACGAUAUGGAGGACGGGGCUAUCCAGGAAGAACUCAGACCCUUCCUACAGGGUCGGACAGAGCACUUUCUGCACGAAUUUAUCAAUUUCGCAAAGUCCCCCUUCAAUAUGGAGGCCUACGACCAACAUGCUGUUUAUGACUGCCCAGCAUCCUUCUCAAAUGAGCACAGCAGCUCCAACUCCUCUGUAAUCACCAUCUCAGAGGAUGAGGAAAACUCUUCAGAGAUGGAACCUCCGGGGAACUCCACGUCUACUCUGAGUCAGUCUUUGUGGGACGACGAGACGCCUGGGCCGUCAUAUUCUACAACGACAGAGCCCAGCAGGCCAGGACUUCAGUCAAUCCUGGACUUAGACUCAGAGAGCAACUCAGAAGAGGAACAGCUAGAGUUUGGUACUUCUCCACAACAGAUUAGAUCACAUAGCCCAGCAGAUGUUGCUUAUGCUGAGUGCACCAAUGAAGACUGUGCCUCUUCUGAGAGUGAUGACUGUGUUAUUGUAGGAUUUGUUAAGCCUACAACAGAUAGAACUCCAGAGCUGGUUCAUCUCUCUUCUGACUCUGAUGACUUUUCCAUUGAGGAGAACAAAGAAGCUCCUCUUCAAUCGCAACACAUCCGUUUCAUCAGCUGUAGUCCUACAGCUUCACACAGUAGUCAUUCUAGUAAGGCUGGAGGAACUAAAAAUGUCCAAACAGACCACCAUCAUCAGUCGUCCUCUAAAGAAAGACCAAACUCAAACAAAUACAAAAACUCACCUGGUAGAAGAACUGAUAAACGAUUUGAUAAUAGAGAUAGAUCUGUGGAUAGACAUAAGUCAAAGGGGAGAGACGGCAAGAGAAAGAAGAGCAAGCACUCUAGCAGAAGUCCUGUAAGUUUCAGCUCUCAUUCCAGUAGAAGAGACUUCUCAAAAUAUGAUCAAAUUCACGCAAGGAGGGACCGCGACCACAGUUACCAGUCAUACACCCAUUACAGACGAGAGAGGAACGGCAGCGUGACUCACUACACACAGAGGCAGUCCCACUACUACAGCAGCCGCAAGCACUCUAAAUCCAGGAGCCGCAGCAGGGACUCGUCUCAGAGGCGAGACAAGAGGUGGUCCAGAUCCAGAACUUACUCCAGCAGCUGCUUCCCUUCGCCUGAAAGGAAGUCUCAUCACGACAAACCUGGUGGCAAAAGGAAAUACAAAGCAAGACAUCUGGAGGAACAAUCCAAGAACACCCAAAACCUGUCCGCCGAAAGCGACUCCACGUCGUUAAGGAAACACAAGAAGAAAAGCAAAGAGAAGCGCCAUAAAAAAUCCAAAGAGAGGACAAGGAAGAGAAGCAGGAGUGGGAGUACAGAGCUUGGCACUGAGCGACUCAAACAUCACCAUAAGAAGAAGAAACACAAGAAGAAAAGUAAAAAAAGCAAGAGUACUGAGAGCAAAGCAAAGUCCUCACCGAAUGUAAUCUCCAUUGAAAGUGACGAGUCUUUUGCCAAUCACAGUGUCACCCCCGUCAGUAGAACUACUGAAAGUACCUUCAAUGAUUGUUCUGCUGAUGACCGAGUAAACACCGCGCCUGUGGACCAGACUUCACAAUCACAUUGAUGGAUUGAAUUUCAUCUUCCCGAGCUUGCCACAAAUAUUUCACAUCAAAGCAGUAUCUACUAUGUUGAAGAUUACUAGAAUUAAAAGGAAACUCUGAAUGCAGAUGUCCAGUUAUUUUUUUUAUUACUGUUUCAUAUGUCACUGAUGUAUCUGACAAGUCUCCACUGACAGAUCAUCUUUAAUUACACUUUGUAUGAAAACUGUCUAGUAUCCGCACCAUGUAAAAUACGCUGUAAUUCAAGGCUGUUUUGUGUUUAACAUGACAAUGCAAACAAGUGGAGGGCUAAAUAUUUGGAAUUAUAUCUUUUUGCAAUAAUUUUUUACAAUGCAAUGUGCAGAAAUGUCUAUUUUUAGGGAUUUUAAUACCUUUCUGUUGCCAUACGUCUGUAAUAAUUAUGACACAGAUCCUAAUGUAACUGCCAACAGCCCAGUUGUACAUAUUACUAUUCAAUGGAGUUUUGGUUUUCAAAAUUAACUUUUUUGUAUCGAGUUUAAUUUAAGAAUAAAUUUGAAUGGAUUACUGUA